AUGACUAUUGUUAUAAGAUGUGUGGAUAUUGAUGAUAUUAUUGUCAAGGUGCAUGAGUUCUUUCUUGGGUUUAUAAAUGUUGAAGACACGUCGGGGCUUGGACUUUUCAAACGACUAGAAGAUGUUUUGAUUGAACUUCACCUCAACAUUGAUGAUAUAAGAGGACAAGGUUAUGACAAUGGCUCCAAUAUGAAAGGUAAACAUCAAGGUGUACAAAAAAGGUUACUUGAUGUAAAUCCUAGAGCAUUUUAUAUUCCGUGUGGAUGCCAUAGUUUAAACCUUGUUAUAUGUGAUAUUGCAAAAUCUUGUGACCAAGCAAAAGAUUUUUUUGGAUAUCUUCAAAAGAUUUAUACAUUGUUUUCGGGUUCAACACAACGGUGGGAUCUUCUUAAAACAUUUGUGAAGAAUUUGACACCAAAGCCCUUGUCGACGACUCGUUGGGAAAGUCGUAUUGAAAGCGUUAGAGCAAUAAAAAAUCAAGUAGUAGAGUUUAGAGAUGCUCUGGUUGAAUUAUCUAUUACAGAAAAGCAUGAUCAAAUUGGGAGGAUAGAAGCUAAAGGCUUAUGGAGGUCUACUUUAGAAGAUUUUGAGUUCUUAAUUAGCUUAUGCAUUUGGUACAAACUUUUAGAUAAAGUUAAUCGUGUUAGUAAAUUGCUUCAACAAGAAGAUAUGGAAAUUGAUGAUGCAAUUACAAGAUUGAAGGAGCUCAUUAUAUAUUUUGAAAAUGUUAGAGAAUGUGGUUUUGAAGAUUUGAUGGAGGAAGCUAGAACUCUUGCACAUAAAGUUGGCAUUGAUCCAGUGUUUGUUCAAAAAAGAGUUUCUCGAAGACCGAAGAAAUUUGAUGAGGGUGUGAAUGAUUAUGCCGAUGGUAAUCAAUCAUUAGAGGAUAAAUUUAGAAUUACAUAUUUUCUCCGCAUUAUAGACCAAACUCUUACAUCGCUUCGGGAUUGGUUUGAACAACUUGAACGUUUUGAAGAACUCUUUGGAUUUUUGUUCAAUGGAAAAUUCAAAAGUGUUAGUGAAGAGCAAUUGAGGCAGGAUUGCACUAAAUUAGAAAAUUUCUUGAAACACAAUCAACAAAUGGACAUUGAUGGGGAUGCGUUAUUUAAAGAGCUCAUUAAUUUGAAGACAAUAUUACCGGCAGAAGUAAAAAGAUCAAUUGACAUCCUUAAUUUUACAAGGUCAUUUUGGGAAGCAGGUUGUUUUCAAAAUGUAGGGAUCGUUUAUCGAAUUUUAUUGACUAUACCAGUUACUGUUGCUUCAGUAGAGAGAAGUUUUUCCAAGUUGAAGUUGAUAAAGACUUAUUUACGAAGUACAAUGUCACAAGAAAGAUUAAAUGGAUUAGCGAUGAUAUCAAUUGAAAAAGAGUGCUUAGAACAAUUAGAAUAUGAUGACUUAAUUGAAAAUUUUGCUUCAAAAAAUGCAAGAAGAAGUAUGUUUUCAUAG